AGAGAGGAGAGAGAGAAUGUACGGCAGUGUGAGAGGGAAAGGAGAAUGGCAGAUAGUAAGAAAGGUGGGUAAGCACCUGCAUCACGCACAUAGUUGUUUGAAUUUAGCGGUAUCCCUCACUUACUUAAGACAGAAGAAGUGUCCACUUGUUUGUUUACAUAAGAGAAUAUCAGAGAAAACAAAAGUUGACAAGUAUUUGUUCCUAUAUAUGAAUAUCAUUCCCCAAAACAGGGUUUUAAUUUUCUAUUACAAACCCAUCAAUUGUGAGGUAUCUUAAAAAGGGGAAACAACGUUGUCAAUUGCAACCCAAAAGAUCAAAUAACAGUCCCCUGUUUCUCUUUCUAUCUCUAGCUUUUUCUUUGGUGUUUUUGGGCUCAAACUCAAAGCAUGGGAAGGGCUCCCUGCUGUGCAAAGGUUGGGUUGCAUAGAGGUCCAUGGACUGCAAGAGAGGACUCUUUGCUUUCCAAGUACAUUCAAGUUCACGGUGAAGGCAACUGGAGAUCUUUGCCUAAAGAAGCUGGGCUAUUUAGAUGUGGAAAAAGCUGCAGGCUGAGAUGGAUGAAUUAUUUGAGGCCAGAUAUCAAGAGGGGAAACAUCAGCCCUGAUGAGGAGGACCUCAUUGUAAGAAUGCAUGCCCUCCUCGGCAACCGAUGGUCUCUAAUUGCGGGGAGGUUACCUGGUCGAACCGAUAACGAGAUAAAGAACUACUGGAACACCCAUCUUAGCAAAAGACUCAGAGACCAAGGAACCGACCCAAGUACCCACAAAAAAUUAUCGGAAUAUCCGAACGAACCACCACCAAGGAAGAGGAGGAACAGCAAUAGAAAACAGAACAAGUCCAAUUCAGAGGCCCAGAAGCAGAAGGUUCAUAACCCAAAGCCCACGAGGAUCACUUCUUUGAAUUCUUUGACAAUGUCGAGGAAUAACAGUUUUGAUUGGACUCCCAACGAAGCUUUAAAUGGUGUUCAAUGGUCUUCUAGUUUGAAAGGUGAUGUUGAUCAGGUCGGGUUUCUUAUUGGUGAUGACCAAGAUCCGGAUAUGGUGAAUGGGUCGGAUCUUGAAUGCCAGUCUGGUGUACCAUUGUCGGAUCACAACACCACAGAGAAGCUAUAUGAGGAUUAUCUUCAACUUCUGAUCAGGACAGAAGGUCUUGACCUAGUUCAGUUGGAUUCCUUUGCCGAAUCAUUAUUGAUCUGAGUAGAUGGAAGAUCCGAUUAAAAAUUAAGUAUAUACAAUUGCGUUAGUCGUGUUACGCGUAGAUCUCGCUAUUGAAACGAUGGAACUAGUGUCACGCACGCAAUACCAGAAAGAUGAUCUGCUUAAGUCUUGCACAGACUGUAAUACUAAUAAAGUUGAAAGAGCAAGUCUUAAAAAUGAUACUACGUGACAUAAACAUCUACAUCUACUUGGUGUCAUAGUUACAUGCCCACAUGCAUUACUUGCGAGAUUGUUAGUCAUGUUAUUAUUAUUAUUAUAUUAAUAAAAGAAGCUUGUAACAUGUGAUUGUAAAA